AUGGCCAAGGAGCGCAGCAAAGCAAAAAGGCGGACAAGCGUCAACGGAGAUAGUGAUUGCACAUGGGGGCGGCGGAACCCCCUGCAAUGCACAGACCGUACUAGCCAUCAAAGGCGUGCUGGUCAUGGGUGCGAACAGGAGGCCAGUGACGUAGAGUGCUUGGUCGGACAUGUCGCGCGCCAUGAGCAGGCGCCGGGCUAUUCGGCUGCGAUUGAUAUGUCCGGUGAAGCUAGAAUCACUUUUGAGGUCCAUUGUGCGAGGGAGGCCGUCGUCUGCCCGCAGACGUGGGUUGUCAAGGUUGGGGGUUCAACGUCGUGCAUGGGCGCGGAAGAGAACCGGUUUGACGGCCGCCAAGGAGGCCGACACCUACAUAAUAGUAGUAGUGGGGCAUUACUAACGUCGACGGCGAUUCAUACUAUCAUUGAGCAGGUACACCGCUGGUACUGCCUCAUGUGGGCCUCUCGCCAACAUCCCAUCGCUUCGCCACAACUAGCACAACAGGCCGGUAAUCCAUCGCUGUUUGCCGAUCGCUCCAUCAGAACAUCGGGAAUCGUCUUAGGGCUGAAAUCACCGCCACCGGCGCAGUUCCGCCUGUGGGCAACAUGCAGCCCUAUGCACCAUCCCGUCAUCUGCCAUCACGUGGUGGCGACGCCUAUCGGCGAUGUCCUUGUAGACGCCAGCCUAUCUAUUUUCUAUACCUCGCCAAGGCAAUUAACCCUUGCGGGCAUCCUAGUCAGAGGAUAA